GCGCGCUCACCUGCGUGUCAGAGUCUGACAGCAGACAUCCACCUGUCGUCGUCAAACCGGUGCACCCUCCCUCCUUUCCAUUGAUAAAUGACCGAAUGUCCACUCCUCAACUCAACUCAACCCUCGGCCGGCUCAGCGGUUCAAUUUGACGCGUAACCAUCGUUCCACGGUGUCUCAUGAGAGUACGGAGGGAGGCUUCGCGUGUAUGAUAGUCACAUCGAGGGGAGGGGACGUGGGCGGGUCUCCUUUGGCGCUUCUCAUUUCCCCGCGAUGGUUAUCUGGGCAGCAGGGCUGGAGAGACCGCCGGGGAGCAUAGUCGCCAGUCCAGCACGGAGACUCGCCUGGCCAAAGACUGCGCCGCACACUCGCCAGGAUUGCCAAACAUUCCUGAAAAAUAUACCUGCUAUUUAUGGCAUGUGGCUUGUAACUUUACUCCUGCUGUACUCUCUCCAGGAAGUACACAGCGAGGAUGUGGGCUCUACCAGGCUGUACUUUGUGAACGCGUCCCUCCAGAGGCUGACCUACUCCAGCUCGGUGGGGGUGUCUCUGCCCUGUCCGGCGGGCGGCACCCCCACCGCCAUCCUGCGCUGGUACCUGGCCACCGGCGAUGACAUCUACGACGUGCCCCACAUCCGUCAUGUCCAUGCCAAUGGCACCCUCCAACUCUACCCCUUCUCUCCCUCCGCCUUCAACUCCUACAUUCACGACAACGACUACUUCUGCACCGCAGAGAACCAGGCUGGCAAGAUCCGCAGCCCCAACAUCAGAGUCAAAGCUGUGUUCAGGGAGCCGUACACGGUGCGUGUGGCAGACCAGCGCUCCAUGCGGGGCAACGUGGCCGUGUUCAAGUGCCUCAUUCCCACCGCCGUGCAGGAGUACGUCAGCGUGGUGUCCUGGGAGAGAGACACCGUUUCCAUCAUCCCAGCUAACAGGUUCUUCCUGACAUCCUUUGGUGCUCUGUACAUCUCAGAUGUCCAGAAGGAGGAUGCCCUCUCUACCUACCGCUGCAUCACCAAGCACAAAUACAGCGGAGAGACACGCCAGAGCAAUGGAGCCAGGCUGUCUGUCAUGGACCCCACAGAGUCGUCUCCCUCUAUCCUGGACAGUUUCCAGGCGGGGGAGGUGCGGGCGGGUCUGAGUGUGGAGCUUCCCUGCAUUGCAGCAGGGUACCCCAGCCCCACAGUGCGCUGGCUGAAGGACGGCCGCCCACUGCCUUCCGAUGCCCACUGGACGCGGCGCCUCACAGGUCUGACCAUCAGUGACCUCAGGCAGGAGGACAGCGGCAGCUAUGCCUGUGAGGUCACCAACAGCUUCGGCUCCAAGGAGGUGUCCGGAGCACUUUAUGUCAUAGACCCCCUGCGAGUGACCCUUUCCCCCAAGAGUCUAAAGACGGGCAUCAGCAGUACCCUGUUCUUUACCUGUGCUGUGGAGGGUUCUCCAGAGUACACAGUGGCCUGGUACAGGAACACAGACUCUAUAAUCCCAGAUCAGCACAUCUCUAUCCAGGGCCCCCACAACGACACCCUGCAGAUCACAGCGGCUCAGAAGAGCCACUCUGGGGCCUACCAGUGCUUCGCCUCCCGCAAGGGCCACACUGCCCAGGACUUCUCUAUCAUACUGCUGGAGGAUGGUACUCCUCGUAUCGUGUCGUCCUUCAGUGAGCGCGUGGUCGCCCCCGGGGAGCCCUUCUCUCUGAUGUGUGGCGCCAAAGGAGCCCCACCCCCUUCUAUCACCUGGACACUGGACGACGAGCCUGUGGUGCGAGACUCCGCCUACAAAACCAGCCAGUACACCCUAUCAGACGGCCUGACCGUGUCACAUGUCAAUGUAAGCAGCCCAGCCAUCCGUGACGGGGGAGUGUAUCGCUGCGCUGCACGCAACUCGGCCGGUAGCGCCGAGUACCAAGCGCGCAUAAACGUAAGAGGUUCUCCUAGGAUCAGGGAGAUGCGUGACAUCACGGCUGUAGCUGGAAGGAACACCUUUAUAACCUGUCGUGUGAUUGGUUACCCCUACUACUCUAUCAAGUGGUUUAAGGACGGCAUGCUGCUGCCUGACAACCAUCGCCAGGUGGUGUAUGAGAAUGGAACCCUGAGGCUGAGUGAUGUGCAGAAGGGCAUGGACGAGGGUACCUACCUGUGUAGUGUGCUCAUCCAGCCACAGACCUCCAUCGACCAGACUGUCCACGUCACUGUGAAAGGUAGGAGACUGGACAGGGGUGGGGUACAAAGGGUAGGGGCAAAGGUGAAAUACAGUGGAUUUGUUGAAACCCCAGCUAAGAUCCUGUCGUUCGGGGGCACAGUGACCACUCCCUGGAUGAAGGAGAUCCGUUUGCCUUGCAGCUCAGUGGGAGAACCCACCCCCACCUUCAAAUGGACCAAAGACAGUGAGGACUCAGCUAUUCCUGUGACUGUGGACGGACAGCGUCAGAUCCUGUCCAAUGGUACUCUAGUACUGCGUUCCGUCAAAGCUGAGGAUUCUGGGUACUACACGUGCACGGCCACCAACACGCUGGGCUUUGAUACCAUCAUUGUCAACCUGCUGGUGCAAGUUCCUCCAGACCAGCCCCGUCUGACCGUCUCCACCACCUCUACCUCUUCCAUCACCCUGGCCUGGAUCCCUGGGGACAACGGAGGCAGCUCCAUCAGAGGUUUUGUCCUGCAGUACUCGGUGGACAACACAGAGGAGUGGAGGGAUGUGUUCAUUACUUCCACUGAGCGUUCCUUCAGGUUGGACAACCUGCGCUGUGGCACCUGGUACAAGGUCAAACUGGCAGCCAAGAAUAGUGUGGGCUCAGGACGCAUCUCUGAGAUCAUCGAGGCCAAGACGCACGGACGAGAGCCCGUGUUCAACAAGGAGCAGCCCCUGCUCACCCACAUCAACUCCACUCAUGCGGGGCUCAACCUGCAGGGCUGGACCAGCGGAGGCUGCCCCAUAACUGCUCUGCUGCUGGACUUCCGGCCCAAGGGCACGUGGGCCUGGCAGAGCCUGAAGGCCAAUGCCACAGCCCAGCUCUUCCUCAGCGAGCUGCGUGAGGCCACCUGGUACGAACUGAAGAUGAAGGCCUGCAACAGUGCCGGCUGUGGGAACCAGAGCUCCCAGUUUGCCACCACAGACUACGAUGGCAGUACCAUCCCUCCUAUAAACUCGGCCCAGGAGGACAGAGACGAUGUGAAGAAGCUGUUCUCCAUAGGCUCUCCUGUCAUCCUGGUCACCCUGGGCGUCGCCCUGCUCUUCAUCAUCCGCAAGAAACGCAAGGAGAAGAGACUGAAACGACUCAGAGAUGCUAAGAGCCUUGCAGAGAUGCUUAUCAGUAAGAACAACCGCAGCAUGGACACCCCAGUGAAGGGUCCUCCCCAGGGCCCCCGGCUCCACAUCGACAUCCCUCGUGUCCAGCUGCUCAUCGAGGACAAGGAGGGGAUCAAACAGAUAGGUGAGGACAAGGCAGCGGCCCCAGUGACGGACACCGAGUUCAGCCAAUCGGUAAAUCCACAGAGCUUCUGCACGGGCGUGUCUCUGCACCACCCCGCCCUCAUCCAGAACACAGGGCCAUUGAUUGACAUGUCAGACAUCCGUCCUGGAACCAACCCAGUGUCGAGGAAGAGUGUGAAGUCGGCCCACAGCUCCAGGAACCGUUACUCCAGCCAGUGGACCCUGAGCAGGCCGGGCCAGAGCCAAUCAACAGCCUCCGCAAGAACUCUGACCUCUGACUGGCGCACCAUGGGAUCCCACGGCAUCACCGCCACCGAGAGUGACAGCUACAGCGCCAGCCUGUCGCAGGACACUGAUAAGGGUCGUAACAGCAUGGUGUCCACAGAGAGUGCGUCGUCUACGUACGAGGAGCUGGCGCGGGCCUACGAACACGCCAAACUGGAGGAGCACCUGCAGCAUGCCAAGUUCACUAUCACAGAAUGUUUCAUCUCCGACAGCUCCUCUGAUCAGAUGACCACUGGCACCAACGACCCGGCCGACAGCAUGACAUCACUCAGCACGCCGUCCGAGACAGGCCUUUGUCGCUUCACCGCCUCGCCACCCAAACCCCAAGACUAUGACCGCGGCAGACCUACUAAUGUGGCCGUGCCCAUCCCCCACCGUGCCAACAAGAGUGAAUUCUGCAACCUCCCACUCUACAUGAAGACAGACCCUUUCUUCAGGAAACAAGCAGAACUGCAUGACCCGUGCCCUGCUGUACCGCCCCGGGAGGCCUCCAUCCGCAGCCUGGCACAGCGGGCGUACCACACCCAGGGCCGUCACAUGACUCUGGACCCGUCCAAGCAACAGGCCCUGACGUUGGGACACUCUGGGCUGGGCAGCCUGGGUGUGAGCUCGGGUACUGCCACCCUGCCCCAGAGGACUCUCACUAUGCCCAGCUCCAACCCUGCAGCCACAGCCUCCACCUCCAGCACCAGCAGCAAUCCCACUGGCUCCAGCACCAAGAUGGGGGGCUCCAGAGACUCACUGCUAGAGAACAGCUCCUCAGCGUUGGGCAGACUGCAGAAGCAAGGGGUCGGGGCCUACUCCAAGUCUUACACACUGGUGUAGCUACUAGCCCCCCUUCUCUCUCUCAAAGACUAUACACUCCUGUCUGGCGCCGGCCCACACCCAGCCCAGCCCCACAUCAGUGUUCUACACUCCAGGUCAGGGUGGGCAUGUAGUGCAGUGCAGUGCAGCAGGUGUCCCCAGCUAACAGCUAGCUACUGUAACAGCUAAUUACCCAGUAGUGUAAUUAGUCUUUAUUCUGACCUUGGGUUCUGCCUCCCAGGAAUGACCAGAGACCAUUGUAACCUGCCUGAUUUAUGCUCACCUGGACCUGUAUAAAACAAACCACAAUCUCCUACUGACUACCAGUUAGCCUGCUGCCAUGCUAGCAUGUUGCUCAGUGUCUGGACACACACACACACACACACACACACACACACACACACACACACACACACACACACACACACACACACACACACACACACACACAGAGGAAGACCUGGAGCUAUUCUCCAAGGUCAUUUCAAACCAAUUGAGUAUUACUGAGGAGCUGAACGGGGAAAGCUCACUGCUCGUGCUGAUGAAGUCAAUGAUAGCAGAGGAGUCUGGGCUAAAAGCAGUGUUCAUCACACACACAUACAUUAUGCUGCCCUCCAUGGUUUGAGCAGAAGCUCCUGCAGGACUUCCAGUUUUAUCCCCUCUAGUCUCGUCUCACUCUCUGUGUCCACGCCCAGUCUCACUCUCCAUCGGCAGUUACUCUCUCUCUCUCUCUGUGUGUGGAUUCCAUAAGGAAGGGUUUCAGGUUCACCUCACUCAGAAUUUUAAGUUCGUAUUUUUAGCACAUUUAUUGUUGAUAUGUCCCACCCUCCCCUCCUCUUUCCCAACUCAACAUUAUGCGAUAGCUUUUGACCGAAACAUGGCAACCCAAAUAACCCAGCAAGGAUUUGAAAACAUCAGGGCUCUCGCAAUACAAACAAAUAUAGAAUAUUUGGUAUUUUAAAGAUUUUACGUAUAUAUUUCUAUAUAAGUAUAUUAUGUCAUUUAAGUGAAAUUAUGGCAAAGAAUAAAACUAUACAACCAUUUAAAUGUUUUAAAAACUAUAAGAAUAAGACAAUCGCUCAAUCAUGUGAAGAGCAGGGAAAAUGAAAGAGGAGGAAAGAAUAGAAGAGUAUUAUGAAGAGGGAGGAGCACGUGUAUAUAGAGGGUGUUCUUUAUGUUACUGUAGACAGGCUGAGAGGAACGAGGUGACUUCCUUUACAGACAGGAAGUGUCUAUCUCAAAGCCCCCUAUUAGUUAGUAUCUUAUAAGAUCGUCAGUGAUUGGUUGGUGUACUUACUUUCAGAAGCCAAAUCAUUUCCUCUGAAGACGGGUGUAUCCAGGGCGACCUACACUGUUGACACUGUUGUCUAUCAUUUCUCUGCUUUCGUUCACCUGUUACUUGAGUAAACAGAGGCCAUGACCUCUCAGGGCCUCAGGUAUGGGCAUUUGACCUUUGACCUGUGGUAGCAGCGGGGUUACAGAGUCACUGUGAGUGAAGCAGAAGUCAGGGAUCAGAGCACGGCUACUGUAUCCCACAGCUAGCUACCACACAGAGCGUACACCAGUAGCCCUGUAACGUCUACCAACCUCUCACCCCAUGUAUUACUGUCUCCCUCCUUCCAAUACAAAAUGGCCACCAAGACACCAAGGAGGAUAAUCAUGUGAAGUAAGUUAAUUGUCUAGUUUACCAGAGAGACGUUACCAGCCAGUCAGGGUGUUCAGUUUGAAUAUGAUAAGAUGAUGUGCAGUCAGUGGUCUGUUGGUGUCUCUGUUGCUGCCCUGUCUGAAGUACUGUAUAUUUCCCACUUCUUUCCCCAUCCCCAAUAUCCAUGUCCAUCCUCAUCCCCCGCACCAUUUUGUGCUACUACAUGUACAUCAACACAGAACUUGUUGGAAUGUCUAUUGAAGUAUUGCCAUUCAAGUGUUUUGUCAUUUCUUUUGUUUUGGGAUUAUUUGUCCAUCUGUUGAUUUUGAAUUGAAUAUGUUUGUUUUAACUUGGGUUCUAGAGGCCAGACAGCACUGAGGCAUAACACACCUAUGAUUUCGGACAGCUUUAACCAAGUAAAAUCAGGGACUAGCUCUUUAGGUCACACCAGAGCCAUGUAUUUAGAAAGCAGAGCCAAUGCGGUUUCUGCAUUAUGAUGCAUUUACAUGACACUUCAACAUUCUAUGGCAGCCAUGUUAGCUCCCCAUUAACAUCACAUGGGGAAUAUUUUAGCAAUGCUAUGUAACUGAGUGUCUAGAAUUCUAAAAGUUGUUUGAACUCUCUCUAUAUGGGUCUGGGUCACACACACUGAAAUUGUGAAUAUACUGGACAGGGUCCGGAAAAGCUGACACUCCCAACCAGCUCUCCCUAGUCAACUCCAUGCCACCUUGGACAUACAGUACAUACACUACCUUUGGCAGUAUUGUUUAUAGAUUAACUCUUGUACAUAAAACACAGUUUUGUAUGAAGAGCUAUUUUCGUCAGAAUAAAACAGGGCAAGAUCAGGGUUGAAUUAUGCCCCACUUCAAAAUGAAAACAACAUGAAUGAAAAUAUUGAUUUGAUAAACAUUAAUUUCCACCUUGGGCAACAAAUAUUUUUUCUCUAUUCCCUUCAUGUUUUUUAUACUAAUUUGUUUAAUUUUUAUGCUUUUUUAAAGGUAUUUUGAUGUUGUCAUUUGUCCUGUUCACUUUUUUAAUGAUCAUUUUUUUGUAUUUUGUUCAUCCUCAAAAAUGACAUUGCAUGCUUGGUAAAAGGGAAAAGGUGAGGGAAAGAAAUGUACAAAAAAAUAAUAUUUGAAGAAAAGAAAAUGUUGAGGGGAUUCCAAACAUUCGUUUGAGUUGCUUCUAAUAGCAAUUGCUUGUCUUUAAAAGAACAUUUUCUAUGAAAAGAAAAGAAAAAAACAAACAAAAAGAGUAUUCUAACACCUUGUGCAAUAAAGCUAUCUUUCUAUA